UCCUGACUUUUCGGGAGAUAUGGAAUCGUAGUUUCUGCCGGCCUCUGGAGCAGCUGGUGGACGUUGUUACUGAGUUCCCCAACGAGGUGGAGUACAUUUUUAGACCCUCCUGCGUCUCCCUGCAGCGCUGUGGGGGCUGCUGUGGGGAUGAGGGUCUCCGCUGCGUCCCUGUGGAGACAAGCACGGUCACCAUGCAGCUCCUGAAGAUAAAGCCAAAUGGGGAGGCACCCUACGUAGAGAUGCCAUUCACCGAGCACAAACAAUGCGAGUGCAGACCUCGUCAAGACCUGAUGAGGUUGGGUAGGAGGAGGUCCAAGGGCCGAGGUAAGAGAAGACAAGACAAGAAGAGACGUAAAGACUGUGAAGU